AUGUCCUAUAGACAAAACAAAAAUAAUAUUUUUAAUAUUAAAAGAAAAGAGCAGGAACGUCGUCGACAAAGAAGACGACAACAACUGCUCAAUGAUCAUCGAGCCAUAGAGGAUGGCAUUACUCUCGAUGAUCAUCGUCGUCGACCUCAAAGACGACGAAUUACCAUGAGUAAAAAGGAUUAUGAAAAGAUGGAAAAAACAACAACCGUCUUUUCUAAUCCUUUAGGGUCGAGACAUCAUGGCGAGUUAGAAAAAACAUCAACUAAUUCCCAUGAUGUAGCUUUCUCUGAGGGACAUAGGGAGCUAGAAAAAACAACAACUAGUUCUCAUGACUCUUAUGGUUUUGAAACGAUUGGGGAUCGUGUUAGAAAUCGUAGAGAAAGCGGGAGAAAAACACAAUCCCCACAAAACGUCCCACCUAUACCCCCCAUGGAUCCCCCUGUAAGCCCCUCUAGGAGUACCCCUAUGAGUCUCCCUGAAGAAACCCCCUUUAAUUCCCCACCUAUUGUUCCACCUAUUGAACCACCUAAUGAUGCCCAAAUGAUGGAGGAGCCCUUAACUGAUGGUGAGGUUGUUGCUCUACUAGAGGAAAUAAACCAUGAAGAGGAUUAUACCCCCUUAGAUAUCCUCACUCUAGAUAGAGUACCACCUACAGAAAAUGAAAUACAACUCCUCCAAAUAGCAAGAGAAAAUACUACUGAUGAUGAGAUUGAAUUUACGGUCAUCAGAAAAAGAGAUUUUGGGCUAGAAAAUACUGCGCAAGCAUGGCGUGGUAUGUUAGGGGAAACCUAUAGAAUAAGUCAAUUAAUUAAGGAAUAUGGCUUAAUUCCCCUAGUAGAAUUAGUAUUUGGUGGAAGAACGCGGCGUUUUAUUGUUAACUUAGAAAAUAUCGAACCGCAAGAAUUUCUUAAUCAGUGUGUGGGGUUUGAUGUUGGUAUAGAAGAAUUUUGGAGGAGUUAUGAUGAUAGAGAAAAUGAAUUAAAUAUCCCUCCUGGAAAAUUAGUAAAUGAAAUCAUCAUAACAAUAUUGAAACCUCCUCAACGCCAACGAAUAGAAGGUGCGUUAUUUAAUUAUUAUUUGGUUGAACAUUGGGCACCUCUAGAACAUAUCCUCAAAAAAUAUCAAAUCUAUAGUAAAGAGGAUAUAGUACAAAUAGAAAACUGUUUUAUUCAUUGUUUAGAAAACAGUCAUACCUUAACAAAGACUGAAAUGGAUAAAAUCAGAACAAAGUUAAAGGGGAAUACUGUGACUAAGAAGACUAUGAAACGUAUAGCCGAAGAAUUUCACCUUAAUAUAAUUCUUCGAUAUUAUAAUGGAGAAAAAAUAGUCACAAAUAAUAUUAAACAUGGAGAAAGAAUAAUUAAAAUAUUUUUAAUACGAUGGGAGAAUAAUUUCCACUAUGUCCCUGAUGAAAAAGUACCAUUAACUACAUACUUUAUUCAUCAUUAUGAAGAAAUAGUAAAUUAUUGUAAUGAAAAUGGAAAGGACAUAGAAAAAUUCUUUAAUGUGACUAAAAAAGAAGGGGAAAUAUAUAAACACUCUCUUCAAAAUUAUAUCCCAAUAUAUAAAUGUCUUAAAGAAUUAAGAGAGGUGGGGCUAUAA